AUGGGACUUUUUGAGUGGUUUGUGAUGCCAUUUGGUCUCACCAAUGCUCCUGCCACUUUCAUGCAAUUGAUGUAUGAGGUGUUUCGUGAUUGUUUGGACAAAUUUGUUAUCAUCUAUUUAGAUGAUAUUCUCAUAUUUUCUAAGACUUGGAAAGAGAAUCUUCAACAUUUGGAACGUGUUCUUUGCACUCUUCAGCAGAACAGUUUGUAUGCCAACUUUUCCAAGUGUUCUUUUGGUCAGACAUCUAUCUCCUAUCUUGGGUAUAUCAUUGAUGCACAUGGUGUUCAAGUGGAUCCUGUGAAAGUGGAAGUUCUUUUCAAGUGGCCUACUCCUUCAAAUAUCACCGAAUUGAGGAGUUUUCUUGGUCUUGCCAACUUCUACCGCAAGUUUAUUCUACAUUACUCAGACAUUGCCACACCUUUACACCAAUUGAAAAAGACCAGUGUUGCAUUCAAGUGGACGAAAAUUCACUCUCAAGUUUUCAACACAUUGAAAGAAAAAUUAUGUUCAACACCUGUUCUUGUUCUACCAGAUCUCUCACAACCUUUUGAGAUUGAGACAGAUGCUUCACAUUAUGCACUUGGAGCUAUUUUGAAGCAAAAUGAUCAUCAUGUGGCCUAUCAUUCAGAAAAAUUUUCUUUUGCUAAAAGGAACUACUCCACAAAUGAUAAGGAGUUAUAUGCAUUGGUCCAAGCCAUUAAUUAUUAG